AUGGAGAAGUUAAACCAGUUAUUGCAUAAUCAUGUCCACUGGGUCUUACAAGUUGAGGCAAUAGCUUUCAAGCAAGCUUUGUUGUGGCCUAAUCGUUUGAAGAUUUUGAAGGUUGGUCCUGCUCUUGCAUGUGGCUGUACAGUGGUCAUAAAACCCUCUGAACUUACACCCCUCACAGCUUUAGCAGCAGCUGAGCUGUCCCUUCAAGCUGGAAUACCACCGGGUGUGGUGAACGUGGUUAUGGGAAAUGCUUCAGCAAUUGGGGAUGCUUUACUUGCAAGUUCGCAGGUAAGAAAGAUCACUUUCACAGGCUCAACAGCAGUUGGAAAGAAGCUGAUGGCUGGUGCAGCUGCGACUGUCAAAAAGGUAUCUCUUGAGCUUGGUGGCAAUGCACCCUGCAUAGUCUUUGACGAUGCAGACCUGGAUGUGGCGGUAAAAGGAACUCUUGCAGCAAAGUUUCGUAAUACUGGACAGACAUGUGUUUGUGCAAAUAGGAUUCUUGUACAAGAAGGUAUCUAUGAUAAAUUUAGGGAUGCUUUUGCGAAAGCUGUCCAGAAUAUGCAGGUUGGGAAUGGCUUUAGUGAAGGUGUGGCCCAGGGUCCACUAAUCAAUGAAGCAGCAGUACAAAAGGUUGAAUCAUUUAUUCAAGAUGCUAUAUCAAAGGGAGCAAAAGUUGUUCUUGGGGCCAAAAGGCAUAGCCUUGGAAUGACCUUUUAUGAGCCUACAGUUCUCAGUGAUGUCAAGAAUGAUAUGCUAAUAGCAAGAGAGGAAGUAUUUGGGCCUGUCGCACCCCUUUUGCGUUUCAAAACUGAGGAUGAGGCUAUCCGAAUUGCUAAUGACACCAAUGCAGGGUUAGCUUCUUACAUAUUUACAAAUAAUGUUCAACGUUCAUGGCGUGUCUCUGAAGCUCUUGAAUAUGGACUUGUCGGUGUCAAUGAAGGCUUAAUUUCAACAGAGGUGGGU